AUGACGGACACUCUUUUACCAAACGGCAUCAAAGUCAGCGGAGGAGAGAGCACGUACUUCAAAAAGGGUUGUAACCCGUGCGCCCAGACUGGACGGAGCAAACUGCAGAAUAAGCGAGCCAGUCUGAACCAGCAGAUCAUCAAACAGAUGAGGAUGAGGGCCGGAGCUGAGAACCUGCUGAAGGCUUCUUCCAACAACAAGGUCAAAGAGGAUGGUCUGCUGGAAUUGAGCUACGUGAACUCCAACCUGCAGCUGCUGAUGGGAGAGCUGGAGGGACUCAACAGCUCAGUGGAAGUCUACCAGAACACCCAGGAAACAGCCAACAUCCCCGUCAUUGCUCUUGGUCUGAAGGAGACAAAAGAAGUUGAUUUCUCAGCUUUUUUUAAGGAUUUCAUCUUGGAGCACUACAGUGAAGAUGGGAACAGUUAUGAAGAGGAGAUUGCUGACCUGAUGGACCUGCGACAGGCUUGCAGAACACCGAGUCGAAACGAGGCCGGAGUGGAACUGAUGGCCAAAUACUUCAGCCACCUUCCUCUAUGGAGAGCCGAUUUCUUCUCCCCAUCACGUCAGACGGGGAUCUUCUUCACCUGGUACGACUCUUUCACAGGAGUGCCAGUGUGUCAACAAAACCUCCUGGAAAAGGCCAGCAUCCUCUUCACUAUGGCUGCCCUCUACUCUCAGAUGGGGACCCGAAGUGACCGACAGACGAUAGUUGGCCUGGAGGAGGCCAUCUCAGCCUUCCAGAAAGCUGCAGGAACCCUGAACCACCUGAAGGAGACAUUCACACACACACCCAGCUAUGACAUGAGUCCAGCCAUGCUCAGUAUGUUGAUCCGCAUGAUGCUCGCUCAGUCUCAGGAGUGUCUGUUUGAGAAGAUGGCACUGCCUGGGAAGAACCAGUUCUCCUCCCUCAUGAAGAUGGCCCAGGAGGCAGCGAAGGUCUCAGAAAUCUAUGAUCAAGUCCACCAGUCUAUGAUCCAAACACCAAUCAAAGACAACGUGCCGUUUUUCUGGUCCACAAUGUCACAAGUGAAAACCAACCACUACCGCUCCAUGGCGCACUACUUUGUGGCAUCAGCGCUCCUUGACCACCAGUUGGGUCCCAGUGAUGAUGAGGACCAGCAAGAGAAGACUUUGUCUCAGGUGUACGAUCGGCUUCCUGAGGGACGCUCUCCUCUGGACAUCCUGAAACAGAAAGAUGAACGUAAACGCAUUGGUAAAGCACACAUCCGCCGUGCCAUCCUGGGUCACGAGGAGGCUCUGAGGAUCUACGGUUUGUGCCACCACCUGAACAAGCUGGACAUCCUGCAGGACAUUUUAAGAGCCAGUCACCAGCGUUCGCUCAACAAGUGUAGUGAAAAUGAAAACGAGGAAGAGUUCACUGACUACACAGAGGCCCCGGACAUCAUCUCUAAAACAGAGCACAAAGCAGAGAUGGAAGUUCCUGCCACCAUAAAGGUGAAAGUCACAGACUUCUUCCAGCGGCUGGGUCCACUGUCGGUCUUCUCAGCCAAGCAGAGGUGGACGGCCCCGAGGACAAUACGACUACGCCCAGAGGACAGAGACAUGGGCUUCACUCUGAAAGGAGAAUCACCUGUCCAGGUGGUUUCACUGGACCCUCUCUGCCUAGCUGCUGCUCACGGCCUGAAAGAGGGCGACUUCAUCAUCGCUGUGGGUGACACAGACUGUAAAUGGAUGAGUGUGGGUGAGGUGAUGCGGCUGCUGAAGGACGUGAAUGAUGAAGGGAUAGACAUCCAGGUUGUCAGCGUAAUGGACAGCAACCCCCCAAUGCCUACCAAGAGUGCCACCUUCUGUGGAAACCUGCCCAAGACCUACUCCAUGAUCUGUCUGGCCCAUGAUGACGAUGAGAAAAAAUCCCGCAAAGUCACUAAGAAGGCGUCCUUCAUCAGCUGGGGCCUGAAGAACAAGCUGAAGAGCGCCAGCACGCUCAGCCUCCCCACAGCUGAUCACUCCGGAUCUCUACCCUGGAACAAACCCACCCCAACCUUCCCCAGCUCCAGCUCUUACAACAACGACAGCGCCCUCUACUGAGCUGUCUGCAGACUGUAGUCUGUCUGCAGUAUGCAUGUAAAGCCUUGGAAGGCUGUGUACUGUGCUGUGUUGUACCCACACUGGACCUGUUCUGGCUAUGGUACAGUACAACUGCCUAUUAGUGUGUCCUGAUAAAAGCACUGAGCAGUAUUGUGUGUAGCUGUUAUGUCACCUGUGUAAUGAUAACAUUGCAUCUAGCUACAGUACCUUGGAAGUGGCAGUGCCAAACACUGUUUAUAGAUGCCUUUGUUGGUACAUUGGCGCCUUCCGAACACGGUUCAUUAAACCGGGUUGCACAACAACAAUAAGGAAAAUCAUUCUGUACCAUGCCAGUGUGCCUACAGGUAUAGACUGUAGUAUAAAAGAAGUAGACAUAGCCACUGUGACGCACCUGAUGGGUAUGUGCUCACCUUUUGGAGACAUGAAUUUACAUUGUGGCGAGUUCAAGGUGACCUUUAUCCAGAAGUAUCUCUAGAUAAAAUCCUGCUUUCUUAUAAAAUGUAUUGAAAAGACAUACAAAUUCACAAAAUCAACACCGUGCUUCAUUGCAAAACACUUAAAACUAGUGAUAUGGGCCAUAAACUCAUCAGGAAAUAUUAAAUUUAGAAGUAGGGUCAAUUUCAAUUCUGGUUUCAUGCAAUCUGACCAGUGAAGUUGCUGCCCUCUGCAUGUUUAAUGCACUGCAGCAUUGACUCUAAUCAAAACCAAGAGGCUAUGUCCACUUCUUCCAUGCAGUCUAUGUGUACAGCACAGUACAACUGCACUGGUGAAAAAGCACACCAGUUAACAUUCCAGUUUCUCUCUCUAUAUAUAUUCAUAAACACACUGCACAGAGAAAAGUCAUCUCAGAAUGUUUUCUUGGAGAAACGCUCCAGGCGAUUUGAAGGACAAAAACAAAGUAAACACACCCAGCGUCGGGUACUACUCAACUGCAAGGGGGUAAUUUACUGUGGCUAAAAGAGUCCCAUGCUGUCUCUUUUGUGUACUGAUGAAGCUGUGCACUGUGCAGUUACACUCUGUCUCUUUUAUACUGUUUAUGUUAAGGAUUCUAUCAUGAUCUGUGGAUACUGAUCAGUUUCGGGGUGUGCUGUACUUAUAUUUUCUAAACUGAUAUGUAGAUGAUAUGAACCUCGUUGCAGCAUGUUACACAAUGAUUGAGGGAUAACCAGUUUGGCUGUACAGUAUGUUUUUUGUUUUGUCUGGGGAGCAAUGACGAAUGCAAUGUUCAAUAAGCUGCUAAAAAUCAUACAUAUACCUGAGUUAUGUAUUAAUGUCACUUAGUAUUUGUGUGACAGCCUUUGAGGAUUAUGACUCUGCUGAGUGCCCCUACUGGGCGAAGUGUAGACAGAAAUAGAGGUGUUUUAGGGUUGCUAAUGGUGCCAGUUACGCCUCAGACCAAAAUGCCUCCAUGUCCCAGAUAUGCCUGGAUGUACCAUCCACCAUCCUGACUCAUGUCACCCUGUUCUGGCCCUCUUUUGCUCUCUGAAUGUUUGAUCUUUUGUGAGAGGAGAACGCGCUGUGUCUCUCUGUUAAUGUGAAUCUUAAUGUAGUUAAAGGUUGUUUUGUCUCCAGAAGGGAAGAAUGUGGGCAGACCAGUGACGGCCGGUCAGUCAGCAGGGACUUCGAUCAAAGUCCACUGUCAGGUUUCAACUCUUUGUCUGAAUCAUAGUCUCAUCCCACUUUUUUUUCUGACACUUUGCAGUGUUGGACUAUCUCUUUAUCUACAAAGUAGAUUCCUAUACACAUUUGAUAAUCAAAUUAUUUAUAUAAUAAAAAAGAAAUAACACAAAAAUAUGAAUAUUUACUUGUAAAGCUGUAGGAAUUUUUUGUGAAUGGUCAAGUUGUGAAUAUUUGCACGUUGGAUUUCUUGGUUGGUUACUUGGAGGAAUGUAUUUUUACUAGCCUUGCUUAAUCCUUUGGUGAACUUAUAUACUGGUACGUUUUGUCUUUGUCAAGAUACUUUAAAAUGUAAAUGUUUUCAAACAUUAACACUGAGAAGAUGGAACACUCUUUACUGUCUCUGUUUACCUUAUAUAGUGUCUUAAGUGCCAUAUGUGCUGAAUCAUGAAGGAAAAUAUCACCAAGAAUGUGCGUAAUGAUUAACAUUAAUAAGUGCUAACCAAGUGAGCUAACAGUGGUGUGUGUGUACAUGCACAGAUCAUGCUUAACAGAUGUUUCCACGCAUUUCAUAGUGCGUGGUGAAUCUAAAUGCCUUGGUGUAGACGCAGAAGGUUAUGGUACCUGUUCUUCUGAAGGUUUCAUGUUUGCUUAUUCCUGUGUACUUUGAGCUGCAUAGCAACUGUGGUAUUAAUGCAAUUUUGUGUAAUAUGUAUUCAUGCAAAUCUCAAUAAAAGAGUGGUCAGAAAUCUUA